ACACCUCAUCAGCCUAUAGUCAUCUUCGUCUGGGGUGCUGGGUGCGGCUGGACUGUGCAACGCAACCUUAAGACUGCAUCGCUUUCAUUAAGGUUUCCUUCUUGAAACACUCAACUCGGGUACAUUCUAUUCCCUAAAAAGCCCUGUUACUGGUGACUGAUCGCUACUCAUGGGAGCUUGCCGAAAGCCCGGUGUACCGUAGCUUUGCAUUUUGAACUUUUCGAAAUCUGCGUCUGGAUUCCUGAAAGUCAACUCCGUGGCAGGCCGUGCUGGGCACCGUCCCUUCGAUAAUCGACCCAGCCUUCGGCCCACGUGCCCUAGCUAUAAUGGACCUACAGUUCCAGGUGGCAGGGCAUCCUGGAGGGAUCUCUUUGCUGGACGGAGGGACAAGGAUCGUUAAGUUGACAAGCAAGUACGAAGCUGACUUCUACGAGCAAGUUCAAAAAGCUGCAAGUGCCGAAACAGGCACUACCGGCCCUUUCACCCGCCUGCUGGCGCUCAUGCCUUCGUACCACGGAUCCCAGCCCGCAUCUGAAGAACCAAAUGGCUCCGAUAAACAAAACACUGCAGUCGCCAUUGAAAAUCUCACCCACGGAUUCGUGCAUCCAAAUGUGCUCGACAUCAAGCUUGGCUCGCAAUUGUGGGAUGAGCGUGCCACGGUAGAGAAACGCGAUCGCAUGGAUGCGGCAGCUAGAAGCACCACUUCGUGGACAGACGGCAUCCGCUUGACUGGCUGGCAAGUCUGGGACAACGCCGCUCAAUGCGCUAUCCCCACAUCAAAAGCUUUCGGCAAGACGAUUGUCACGGAGAUGCUCCCGACUGGAGUUAGGUUGUUCUUUGGUUGCGCGAACAACGACGAUUGGAACGAAUUUAUGACGAUAGUCACGGCAGCAGGAGAAGAAGCGCCUGCACAAGCACCGGUGGCGCUUCCCCAUCUGCAUGUUGCUGAGCUCCUCAAGUCAUUCAUUUUGCCGCAGCUCAAACUUGCGGCGGACCUGGCCUCACACUUAGAAGUAAGGAUGCGGGGAGGAAGUCUAUUGGUUGUUUAUGAAGGCGACUCCAACACACUGGCAUCCAGGUUGUCAACAUGGACAGCGUCAGGAUCCGCUAUUCCAGUCGCAAAUGUAAAACUCAUCGACUUUGCUCAUGCACGAUUAGCGCAAGGAGAAGGUCCGGACGAGGGUGUCUUGAAAGGAUUACAGACGGUGGUAUCUCUGGUUGAGGAUCUUUUGCAGCGAUUAUAAGGAGAACGAAAGAGCCUAUGGUGAAAAAUA